CCUGCGCGCCGGGUCGCGCGUCAGCGUCGCGCGCCGUAGAGGCGCGCGGGGUGAGCCGCGUGCGGGUCGCCGCCAUGACUUCCGCGCUGGAGAACUACAUCAACCGUACUGUUGCAGUAAUUACUUCUGAUGGAAGAAUGAUUGUGGGAACACUCAAAGGUUUUGAUCAGACCAUCAACUUGAUUUUGGAUGAAAGCCAUGAACGAGUGUUCAGUUCUUCACAAGGAGUUGAGCAAGUAGUGCUGGGAUUAUACAUUGUAAGAGGUGAUAAUGUUGCUGUCAUUGGUGAAAUUGAUGAAGAGACGGAUUCAGCUCUUGACUUGGGGAAUAUUCGAGCAGAACCCCUAAACUCAGUUGUGCACUGAAAAGAUGAAAAUGCACAGGGACUUUGUAAAUCUUUGGUUGUACAGACCUAUUUAACAACGUGGACAGUUUUUACAAAUUGUGUUUGUUUAGACACCAAUUUUUUAUUAUGAAUAUGUUGUAGUUUUGCAUGUAAAUUAAAGUUUCUACAUUUUACUAAAGAUA